UUUACGAAGUGGAUUCACGCAAGAACAACAGGAGCGUAGUCUGUUUUCUCAAAGGUUAUUUAAGCAGCGAGUAGAAUUUCCGCGCUCUGUUGUAGCGAUUAAAGAUUAGCGGGACACGUUUACACAUAAAAAUAAAUAAAUAAAUUGCUAGUUAGCUAUGUCUCGUGACCGUUUCAGGAAUCGCGGAGGAUUUCAGCAGCGAGGCCGAGGAGGCGGCGGAGGAAUGCGGGGCGGAAUGGGAACACCAAACUUUAGAAAUAAUCCACAGCAUUCAUUUCAAAACCGCGGCCCACAGCCUGGUGGUGGUUUUAAGCCCAAUCAAGGAAAUCAAGCAAACCAAGUCAUCCUGCAGAAACCAGAGGGAUCUAAUGUUACCGUCAAGCCCGAUAUAAAGUCUCCUCCUCCAACGCCACAGCAGCAGCAGCCUGAUGCACAGAACAAGAUACCGGCCCAACAGCAGCAGGUACAGCCGCCUCCGACCCCACAACCACCGAUUCAGUCACCUCCGCCGAAAAACAUCAAUACCAAACCAGAACCCACAACUCCACAGAAUCAACCCCGAAAAACUCAGCAAAAGACACCAGUCAGUGGAAAUGGCCAAAAGCCUCCUAACAAUGACGGCCAGACAUCGCGUGCAGCUGAUACCUCCGGAUCGCAGGAAUUAAAGGCUUCGUUCUCGAUGCUGCGCAAACCUGGGGAGAAAACCUACACUCAGCGAUGCCGGCUGUUCAUCGGCAAUUUGCCCAACGACAUUACCGACGCAGAGUUCAGAAAACUGUUUGCCAAGUAUGGCGAGCCCAGUGAAAUCUUCAUUAAUCAAGGCAAAGGUUUUGGCUUCAUAAGGCUGGAGUCACGUGCUUUGGCGGAACUUGCAAAGGCUGAAUUGGAUGAUAAGCCCAUGAAAGGCAGGCCGCUCAGGGUUCGCUUUGCUACUCAUUCGGCUGCAUUAUCCAUCCGUAAUCUGUCCCCGUAUGUCUCCAAUGAGCUCCUCGAGGAGGCUUUCUCACAGUUUGGAGUGGUCGAAAGGGCAGUGGUUAUAGUAGAUGACCGUGGCCGCUCUGUUGGAAAAGGCAUCGUUGAGUUUGCAACCAAGCCGGCAGCUCGAAAAGCUCUGGACCGUUGCAGCGAUGGAGUCUUCCUACUCACAGCCUCACCUCGUCCGGUUGUUGUUGAGUUGAUGGAACAGUUUGAUGAUGAAGAUGGUCUGCCAGAGAAGCUUGCCCAGAAGAACCCAAAUUAUCAGAAAGAGCGAGAGCAGCCCCCACGUUUCGCUAGACCAGGCACCUUCGAGUUUGAAUACUCACAGCGAUGGAAGUCUCUCGAUGACAUGGAGAAACAGCAAAGGCAGCAGGUGGAGAAAAAUAUUAACGAGGCCCGCGAGAAGCUGGAGGCAGAAAUGGAUGACGCUUACCAUGAGCACCAAGCUAACCUGCUUCGUCAGGAUCUUCUUAGGCGACAAGAGGAACUGCGUCGCAUGGAAGAGAUGCAUAAUCAGGAAAUGCAAAAACGCAAAGAGAUGCAGCUUAGGCAAGAGGAGGAGCGCCGCAGACGGGAGGAGGAAAUGAUGCGGCAGAGAGAAAUGGAAGAACAGAUGAGGCGCAAGCGUGAGGAGUCGUACAGAAUGGGUGGUUUUAUGGACAAUAGGGAAAGGGAGAUGAGGAUGAGUGCUGGAGGAGGUCUUGGAUUGGCAGAUAUGCCAUUUGGGUCGAACAACCAGAGGUUCCCAUUGGCCAGAAUGGGUUUUGACGGUCACCAGGGACUCGGCGGACCAGUGGCAGGGGGCAUGGUGCCCAACGAAAUGGCUGAUGACCAUCUAUGUCAAGGACAUUUUGUAAUUACCUGCCCAAGCAAACGAUCAGGAAAUUUCAGGCAUGGUAAACAAAGCAACAAGGUAAUGCAUGCUACACUUGCAUUUCACUAUGGGUUUCUCACAUCCCCCACAACCAUAAAAGGUCAUUGCUUUUAACAUGGUGAGCCAAAUUUGUGGUAAUGCUAAUUCUAUAUCUUGUAUUGCUAAACAGGGUUCAGUCAAACCUUUUUAGUGUAGAAUUUUGCUAAUUUUGCAGAAGCUAUGGAGUCAUCAGCCCUCUUUAAAUACUGUGCUGCCUCAAGAUUGUAGGACUCCACUGCUGGAACAAUUGUUUUAACGUAGUCUCGGCUCUAAAGGCUUGUAUUUGAGGACUGUUUCGGCUUAUUUAUAUUGGUUUCUGCACGAAAAUGGAAGUUUUCGAGUUACUUUCAGACUUCCCAGAUUUGAGUUAUUAGCCUGAGUAUGUAUUCAUGUAGAUUGGGGAUGAUUAUGAUCAUGGGGUGGUUUACUUGUAUGGCUGGAGCUAAAUACAUCCAUAAAAAAUGUCUGUUUUGGUCCUGUGUAUAUUUUCUCCCUUAACAGGUGACUGUCCAAAGUUGUGUGCACCGGAACUUGUGACUGGUUUUAUCCAUGCAUCCUCCUUCAGUGAGGGUUUAGUACAGUGCUGUCUCGUGUAUAUCAAUUAAAAUAUAUUUAGAUGAAUAUCUUUUGAGUUCAGCUAAAUCUGCAAAAGAAUCAGGACUUUCUACUAGCUGUAGUAUUACAAUACUGGAUACAUACAAAUUACUUCACUACUAUGAAGCAUAAGUGCCUUUUAAAAUAAGCACUUUCUCAAGGAUUUGAUUGAGCCUUAUCUCUAGGCCAAUUCUGAUGAACAAAAAUUGUAAAAAGAUGUUUUUAGGGAAUCCUAACAUGUUGCUACGUCUUGGACCAAGGAGAAAAGACCUAGUGUGUGAUGUGACUGAUUCCUGGGCCAUCCAGCAUUACACCAGCUCUUGUAUCACCUCAUCUGCAAAGGGGGUAGCCUCUAUGAUUUCUCCUCAUCCAACAAGAAAACCCAAUGAAGUAUCCUGCAUUGAUUUAAUAAAAUCAAGCACCCUAGGAAAUCAAUUUCAAUUCCUCAUUUUGUUUUAUUACUUCCCCCUCACUUCGUAGCACCUUCCUCUGAAGAGAAAUACAAUUUUUUUUUUGUUCUUGUUAGCUCAUUUGGCAGACACUAAUUUGAGCAGAUUAAGGUUGCUCAAGAGUUCAAUAGUGAGUUUGAACUCUGAUCAGUAACCAAAAGCCUUAACCUCUGGAUGUCCGCUACCUCAAAGAAUUGGUGUAAUUACCAAAUUGUACAGGAGUCGCUAACUGAAGUGUCACACUAAAUUGAUUCACUUAUUGACUUGCCUCCAGGGCAUAAAGAGGCUUAAUAUACAUGGUGUGGUGUGCUUACACACUUGAUGAUUUUAGCUAAUGUAUGUUUGCAUUACAUGCUUAAUUCACUUAAUUUCUUAAUUCACUUUUCCCCCAAGAAAAAAUCCUUUUUGCGUGUAGGAUUUUUACAUCCUUAGAUGGCAGCCUUUGAUUGGUUUCCUGGUCAUAGGCUGUAGGAUGUUGAAUCAGGGCGGCAUCAAUUUUGGUAUGCACUCCAAGCAAGGUUAUGCACUGUCAAGUGGAAGGUAAACGGUCAACAUGCUUUUUUUUCUUUUUUUCUUUCUUUUUUUUAAAGGAGAAUGUUUAAACGCAUGCACCAAAGGUUGUUAGCUUAAAGUCUCUGUGAAACAGUAGUUAUGCCAUUACAUCUCCUCUGAAUGGGCAGAUAUUUGUUGAAUGAUAAAAUUCUUUUGAUUAUAUUCUUGUGCUAACAUGUCUUUUAAGUGGUAUAACCUUUCAGCCUGCUAGCACUAGUACUACAACCUAAGAAACUAAGCCCUGUAGAGACUUCUUUAGAAGUGUAAAUAGAUUUUACUGAAGUAGGUUCUGUGCAAGUUGCUUCCUACCAAACCUUAAGUCACGUGCAUGCUACAAGCUAAAGAUUGUAAUUAUGACUUCUUCCUGUUCUGGCUGCUGAGAAGCACCCCUAUAGCAUGAUGAUGCCAUCACCAUGCUUCACCGUAGAGAUGGUUUUUGCAAGACUUGGUGCUUGCUGUUCAGCCCAGAGUUCUUCCUCCCUGCCCCCCCCCCCCUUCAUCAGACCACAGAAUCGAUUUCCUCAUGCCAUGUACCUUUUUACUCAUGAGUGGCUUCCGUUUAGUCACGCUGUCUUAAUGGCAUGAUUUUUGUUAUUUCUGAGAUGGCUGUCCUGGCAGGUUCUCCCAUCUCUGCAGAGGACAUAUUAAGCUCUGUUAAAGUGACCAUUGGGUUCUUGGUCACCUCCUGACCAAGGCCUUUUUUGCCCGUUUACCGAGUUUGGCCAGAUGGCCAGCUCUAGAAAGAGUCCUGGUGGUUUCAGGCUUCUUGUAAUUUCACAAUGAUCGAGCCCACUGCGCUCCUGGGAUCAUUCGGCGCUUUAGAAACGUUUUCUACCUUUUGUCCAGAUGUCUCUGCACAGUUUGAUAAUGGGGAUCUACGGAGCUUCUUGGACUUCAUCGCUUGAUUUUUAAAAAAAUUUUUUUUUUGUCUGAUAUGCACUGUAAAUUGUGGGACCUUACACACACAACUGUGGGCCUUUUGUGAAUCAUGUCCAGUCAAUUUAAUUUGCCACAGAUGGACUCCAGUCGAAUUCUGCAGACAAGAUUAACAAAGCAAACAAGAUGGAGCUCAGGUCAGUUUGGAGCAUUUUAGCCAAGGCUCUGAAUACUUGUCUAAAUGAGAGAUUUCUGUUUUUGCUUUUUUUUUUUUUUUUUUUAAAUAAAUUUACAAAAGUUUCUAUAAAUGUUUGCUUUGUCAUUAUGGUUUAUUGUGUAUCGAUUAAUGAUUAAAAUUGUAAUGAAUUUUAAAUUAAAUAUAUAAUACUAUAAAGCACAAUAACUGCGUCAGUCUGAAUUAACCAACUCACUGUACACUCAAUGUGAGAGUGCUAUAGAUGUUUCUGUGACCAUGUUAAGGCAUUCUUGGAUGAGCUUAUGUAGAACAAAUGAAACUUGGCAUUUCGUUGCACAAGCUUGUAAAUAUGAUUCGAUGCUUUUGUAAAAAGCAUUACUUAGGAAUGCAGAAAGAGGCAGUGAAUUACAGUUCAUACAUUUUAGUUAUAUUGGUCUAAAUUAAGCACACAGGAUUUGUUUAGUAUGUUUACAAGUUGCAUGCUCCAUUUUGAACACAGAGUUGUGCCAUGCCACAAUGAAAAAUAUUACAUUUGAGCAUGCAUAAGACAAGCUUUUGUUUGAAAAGAUUUUCUUUAUCUGGCUCUUGAAUAAGAUGGAAAAAUCUUGAUUGCUUUAUAAUCAUGUUGCAUCAUGCCAGAUUAAAAUUAAAAAGCCUGGAUACAGUCUGCUUUAUCCCAGGCUAGUGGUCUAUCCAUUCCUGGUAAUAGAACUCCUAACACUUGAUUUUAUGGUGACUGUAAUAACUCUAUUGUUUGUGCUAAGUGACUGAUUUGUUUGAGUAGGCAGACUUCAACAUUUGUAGUCCCUUAAAACAGUGUUUUUGUAUUCUAGCUCUGAAUGUCUGCUAAAUUUACUCAGCAUUUUCAGGAUCAUGGUGGAAUCACAAGGAGGUUCAGUUGGAACUGACAGGUCUUGCACUACACAUGACACCCACAUUAGUAGAUUAGUUUUUUUUGGGGGGGGGACUCACAUACUUGUCUCUUCAAAGGCAGGUCAUUAAGUAUCUUGAUUACAUGGAAACUUUUGUUCAGGGGGGGGGAAAUAUUUUGCUUUUAACACUAUUGGUACAAGGCCAGAAACUUAAACAGAUUCUGGAAUUCCUCAAAACAGAUUUUUCGUUACUUCAGAAAGCACAAAUUUUGGCUUAACUGUUUUAUUGCUUCUGACUAUGCAUAUGUGGAUUGAAUGCUGUAGAGCAUUUAAUUUUACCACAAAUUAAACUUUUCCAAAUGGCUAAGUUGGCAAAUGUGAUCUAACUAAAUAUUUAACUGAUCAUUGUUUUCACAAUCUCAUUAAAAAUUAAAAGUAACAAGUGGAAACCCCUCAACUUGUAAAACAGUUGGCACAUACAAGCAGAAAUGUAGGAUCCUCCUACAUACUAGCCAUUACUGGUCUAUUAUACUACAUUAGAACCAUAAUAUGCUACUGUUCAAGUACAACUGAAAUUUUGCCUGAGAACUUACAGUUGCUGCUGAAGAUGGUAGCCCCAUCAAGAAAUGUGAAUGUAUGCAGGACUACAGUAAAGCAUAAGCUGCCCAAGAGAUGUUUGCUAGUUGAUAUAAUGAUAUAAAUUACUUGAUGUAAAUGAACUUGUAAACAUUUUUUAACUGGACUAAUUGCUUUUAACUACGACCAUUUAGCACUUUAGAGGAUGGUUGUAGUAUUAUUAUUAUUAUUAUUAUUAUUAUGUCGUACAUUUAAAAUAUAUAUACUUUUAAGUCAAUUUAAAAAUCAGAUUUAAAUAAAGAUUAAACAAUAAAUUUAUUUUUAUGUUUUAGCUAGGCUGUCUCCCAUAGCCCUACAAGAGUUGCUGGCAUUCACUAAUUGGAUCCUUACUACAUUUUGGCGCUGCAGUUUAAUAUUAAUAAAUCGAAAUGUUAAGUAUGCGUCAUGUAUAAUAAAUUUUUCUGAUACAGUUAGUGUUGUCGUUGCUGUCUUUAGGCAUAAUAAAAUGAAUGUAAAAUCUUUGUUUUAAUUAUUUAAACAAUCAGUCUGGAAUUUAGACACGCCAUAGAAGUGCUGCAUUGUAGUGCAUGGCUUUCUAUUGUGUAAAAGCUCUAGUGGCACCAGGACUGUCCAACCAGAUUGGAAAUUUGUAGGUAAUGGUGUUAAUGUUUUUAUUUCGUAUGCAGUGAAAAUUGCAACCUCACUUCUCAUGAAUGAAGACCAGUAGAUUAGAAAAAAUACUUCGGUUAUUAGUGCUGAUAUCUUGCUUGCGGUAAGUAAAGAGCCAUUAACACUUUGGGCACCUCAGCACUUUAUAUAUUCUUACAGUGAUUGACACCAGGGUGGACUUUGGAACACCCUUAGAGCAGGUUAUGCUAUGGUGCUCUUCUCAAUAAGCGUUCUACACGAUUACUGUUGAAUCCUUGUUCAAUGCAAUCUGUUUGAGGUCAUUAAACAGCUUACAAGUAGCAAAUAAGAAUCAAUGAUUCACAAAUUAAAGAGCAUUUCCAGUGGUCUUUGUCCUGUUACAUUCCUUUGUUCAAACAAUGCCAAUGCCACUAGCCAUUGAACACCUUGAUGUAAUAACUUGACAAGGAAUUAAGCCAUAGUAAGACACUCCAUGUCGAUUACUUGCAGGUCAAAGAUGGCGAGAUUUAUUUUGUUCACAACUCAAAUACUCAACAAUGACUGAGUCCUGUAAUUCUUAGUGCUGACUUUUUAAAGCCUGUAUAAAGCCCUCAGCAACGCCUAAAAGCAAAAACUCUGUAGGGUAUCUCAGAUUUUUGUAACUUGGUUAUUGGCGUGCUAACCUGCUCCUUGGUUUAAUGCAGACCUAUUUUUAUUCGCCCCGCACCCUGAUCUUAAUUAAUCCAGCUAAAAAACCUUAUUUAUUCAUGAGUUGUUAACAUGUUUAUAGUAAUCUGAUUGUCCACAGACCACCUCCUUGGUCAGAGCAUUGAAAUUAACUUCUCAGUGGUUUAAAAAUCCACAAAAAUGUUUUCACAUGGUGGUAAACUUCCCAUGACCACGGUACUUGUACAAAGCUUGAUAUUCAGUAUUCUGGCACUAAAGUCUUAUAAAUAAGCCUGUGCCUACAGUACAUGAUGUCAUGGACCUUGACUCAUGUCCAAGACUGAAUACGCUGCUAAUGGAACAUGCAAUAUUACUGUUUCAGGUCAUGGUUUUGUUUGUUUUUCACGAAAGUCACUGGAGUUGCUCUUUAAGAUUGUAGAAAACAGGAUAACUUUGUUAAUGCUGUGCUGGACUAAAGGUUCCAAAAUCAACUUUGCUCCAAAAUUAAAGCCCUUUAAGUGAAAAACCAUGAUGCAAUCCUAUUUUAAAUCCUACAAGGUGUAGUACAAACAAAAACAGUAUUAAACAGCACUGAAGUGAGAACUCUGUUCUACACUAGUAAUGCAAAUACUAAAUAUGUGAUGAAAAGCAAACUCUCUGUUGGCAUCCAAACUUGCCAUUUCCAGUUCUCUGUGAGGAAAGCUUUUCUGUGUGUGUGUAACGUGUAUGGCAUGGAUGGUGGUGCUGUAGCUAAGCAGUAGCAGCCAGUGUCCAGCUUGCCCUGCUCCACAGUUGACACUCCAGCAGUUGGUUACAAUGAGACAAGAUGAGUAGUUCUUCAGAUCAGUGGACAGUUGAGCCUGGACUUGUUUGCAUCGAGAGGUUUGCUUGCGUACCAUCCGAAAAGGUAAGUGCUCAUGUCUUUUGUUCAAUGAAGAUGAAAAACACAGGGCUGUUUCACCUCCCUGAUUUACCUCACAUGUUGAAUUUAUAGGGGUUCUGGCAUCACACUUCUAAAAAUGGAUUCACAGUGCAGAUAUUUGUUGUGGUCUCAACAUGGCUAACAAGUUUGUUCUUUUAAUCAAUUUUCUCUGAACUGCAUGUAGAUGGUUUCUUGGACAGUGAUGGACUACUGUACAAUUUGGUGUUUGCAAGUCAUGUGAAAAGCCUGAAAAUAAGCAAAUGACGGGGAUGGGAUGGUGUAUGGGUACAGUUUCCUUUAGGGAGUAAUACUGUUGCAUUGGCAUACAUUGAUAUUCCAUUGCAAAUUUGUCUGGACAUGGGUGAGGGUGGGCUUGAAGUUGGAGCAAAUCCAAUAUUAGGCUCAUAUCAGUGUUUCAAAUUGUAUACUGAUUCUUCCAGAACCAUGGCCUGAUUUCAACGCAUUACUAUACAUUCAUACAUUUCACAGAUUUUCCUCUCGAACAUCUCUCAGUCUAAGCUUAGCGUAGCUUAAAUAGAGAGAAAAUGAGGGUUAAAUUUUUUUUUAACCUAAACUAGAAAUACACUUCUAUUACCCUGUUUUAAUUUUUCCCUAUAUGGAAGUUAUGUAGUUCUGGCAAAUUGUUUAAAAAUGUGUUUAAAGUAGCAGACGUGAUGCAGGAGUGAGGACCAAAUACAAAUAAAAUUACACCUCAAAAGUCAGUUCACUGAAGGUGUACGGACAAAGGACCUGAGGGGCACUUUCUUCUAGUUGCUAAAAAAAAAUUUUUAAUCAAAUUUAAAGGAAAUGCUUUUUAUUAUAUAGUGAUCAUAUUGGACUUCUGUUUUGCUGUUUUCUUACAGUUGCUUGGUGCAUAUUCUUGACCAUUUAGAAAAGCUGAGUAUUAUCUAGGGAUGCAGAUCGAUCGAAGCGAGUGUUCUACGUGGAUCUUUGCGAAAAACAGCAUAUUGGAAUAUCCUGAGAUCCUGAAUUCGGCAUGUACGCAAUAUAAAUUACAUGGUAAUAUUUAUGGUCUGUUUAACAUCUAGGUAUAGACCAUAAAUAUUACAUGAAACCUAAGGUCAAGUGUAGCCUACAAAAGUACUUCCAUAUCAACAGCAUUUCUUGAUUUUCGCAGCACCAGCAUUUACCUGGAAUAAAUUCACUUACAGAAGAUCUCUUCAGGAUAUAAGCUCGACUUUUUUUAAAGUCACAAAAUUGUACAAGGUUGCACCUUUUUGCUUUUUUAUUCUGUGUCACUGUGUGUCUACUUAAGAGGGCUGCAAUACUUGAUCAUGACUGGUCUGUAAUAUUGCUCACAAAAACAAAAUGCCAAUAGUCUGUUAGUCCAGACCCACAUCCAGCUGCUUAGCCAGCUUGCAUCUUUUAUUUUUUCUUUGAUAAUUCUAGCUUAAUAGCUAAAUGUACUUUGAAACCAGUGGGUUUUGACUUUUGCUUCUUCACAAAUAC